ACAGCUGGAUUCUAGGAGGACAUACUUUGUAUUGACAAUCUUACUGCUUAUCCAUUCAUAUUUAUUUAAUCUUGAGUAGCUGAGUAGCCCCGAGUCGUGGACACAGGAAGUGAAAGAAUAAAAAAUCAAUAGUGAAAAAUGAACAUUGAAUAAAAGCAACGUAGAUUUUAGUGUCUAUAUUUUCAUUACAAAAUUAAUGAAUAAAUAAAAGAAAAUGUGUGUGUGAAUUACAAAAAAUAUAGCAAAAUUAAAGUGAAAACGAGAACAAACCAAUGGUUAACACUGGCCACAUCGAACUCGAUCGCUAUUGGUAACCGUUGUGUCAACAAAACUUUUUUGUUUACAAAUGGCCACGGGUGACAAAUUCAAAUUUGAAACACGUAUUUGUGAUAUGAAUAGUGAUUUUUUAUCGUUAAUCUAGUUGUAUAUGUCGUGUUUAAUAUGGGUAAUUGUCUGGGAAGUAUUUUUCGGCGUCGAAACCAGCGUCGUCACAUCGUGCUGAUAUUAAUCGGAUUGGAUAACGCGGGAAAAACGAAAACUGUGAACAAUUUGGCCGGCGAGAAGGAUGAUAAGGUUUUGCCGACUGUGGGGUUUAAAGCUGUGAAUUUAGUGCAUAAAGAUACACCUGUGACGAUAUACGACUUGGGUGGAGGGCCGCAUUUUCGUCAAAUAUGGUCUCAGUAUUAUAGCGAAGUGCACGGUGUGAUAUUCGUCAUCGACUCGAGUGAUUUUACACGGUUGGACGAAUGCAGAGCCGUGCUUGAAGAGGUUUUAUCGCACGACAAAAUAUCAGGCAAACCCGUGCUGGUGCUAGCGAACAAGCAAGACAAGUCUGGAGCCCUAGACGACAUCGAUGUGGUCGACAAACUUAAUAUAGAGCCUUUGGUUAAUAGAUACCGAUGUCCAACCCUAGUGGAAUCCUACAGUGCCUACACCGAACACCCAAAGACCAAAAAGCCGAAAAUCGACCCCGGCCUCCGCAAAGGCUACCAAUGGCUCCUAAACUACAUAGUCAGACGUUACGGGGAUAUAAACUUACGCGUACAAACAGACAUACACGCAGACUUAGAGCGACGCAAACGGAUGCUCAAUAAAGCAUCGAACACCAACUCCCAGACAUUCACAGCAGUUAGUGACGACAUAGCCACACAAACGGGCUUUGAAAAUCCCAAUUACGAUAUAGAAAAAACUUCUAAACUUGACAGUGAUGAGGUCCAACAAGGCUUGAUAGUCGUCAAACCGAUUAAGCACAACCCUAACAGUAUCGAUUCUACUAUCACAAUCGAGAGCGUUGAGGAAUCGGAUGCGACUAGUGUAGCCAAGCCAAAACUUUCGCCCCUUUUUGGGAGAGCCAGUAAUUCCACCGUGGAGACGGUUCGGAUAGAGUUGGAGCCGAGAAGUGAGUUCAGGAAAUUGUCUCCGAUUGUGAGGAACAAGAGUGGCGCCAAUCAGCAUAUCGAUUUCAAGAAUAGGCCGCAGUCCAGUCCUACUUUUAAGAAGCACAUUAAGAUGGAACCUCGAAGCAAGAACACGUCACUGCAAGACGAAGAUCUGAAGCCGGACGGUGACCUCACGUACAUUGGUGACAGAGACCGCACGUGGGACGGCUCCGAGAAGAAGCAUACUGUGCUGGUCAACGAUGCUGAGCUUUCGCAGAUGCAUCGCGAGAUCGUGCUUACUGAACGAGACUACACAAGCAAGACGGCGUACUCAGAGGUGACGCUACAGCCGGCCACUCUGCCUCUGAGUCCGCGGCCAUCGUCCGCGUCGCAACUCGUGCGCAGGCAGCUUGAACUGUGCGGUCAGCAUAAGCGACGGCUCAGUCUUAGAUACAUGCAACGUAACAAGACGAGUCCGGAGCGCGUAUCGAUGCUCAUGUACGAGUCUAAAGUGCCGCAGCGCCAUCUCGACAAGGGCGACUUCGAACACGCCGCUACUAUCAACUGAUUACGGUACGCGAGAAGAAAACGAACACAAACGGUACAACAUAACUAGACUUUUACUGUAGUAGUUUUAUAUUAAGCAAAUAAUAAUAAUUACAUCAACAGGGUAUUGAUAUAAUUAGCAACGGUGCUCGUAUUUUAAUACUUUACUGAGCGAUACACCCCACUAAAACCCUUUGUAUGUCCGAUUCAUAAAAAAUAUAUUGUGAUUAAGAUAAAUUAUAUGUUUGUAUUCGCACCAAAUAACUUUGCAUUUCUGAAGUUAGUCAUUUCGACUCCUUGCACAUUUGUUCGUACCUACAGAUCCGAAGUUGGCUACUAUUGACUUCAAAAUUAUCGUGAGGCUAAAAUUAGCUAACUUCAGAAAGGCAAAGCUAUGUGGCUCAAACUGUGGAGAAGUAAAUUUUGAUUAGGAAUCGAAUCCGAAAAGUUUCGGCUGUCAUAGUUGAUUAUAAAAUCGAAAAGGUAUGGCUAAAUGUGAUUUUAUUAAUGGUAUCAUAGAAAACUAGAAUUGAACCGUAUAUUACACUGCUGAUUUUAUGUAUGUGGGUAAUAUUAUUUUAUAUUAAACAUAACACACUAUAUGGUAGUCGUGUAAAAAUAUAGGAAAGAUACCUAUUUUUAGUCCGAAUUAUAAAUAGCAAAACAUCUCCCCCAUAAAAUAUAAUUUAUGUUUCAGAGUUACGACUUUUAUGACUUUCAGAAGUAAACAUAUCGUAAAUAUACCACGGACAUCUGAAGGGUUUACUUGUUUAUACCAACAAAAUAUAAAUAAAUAGUACUUAGUAUAUAAUAUGAGCCGUAUAGACUUAUACGUAGGUAUAUAUAUUUAGAUAUAAAUAAAAAUAUAUCGAAUAGAAUAAUUUAGUUUUG